AUGAUUUGGAGAAAUAAAUGGAACUCUAUGGGUGGGAGACUAAAUGUAAAACUGCAAUCAGAUAAAUUACAACAUAGAUGUGGACCAGAUUAUUCUUCAUCAGCAUGGUUACCUGGUAAUGAAUCAUUGUGGCAGGCCACAAGUGUUACAUCUAACCAUCGAAAUAAUCAUAUCAGGAGACAUAGUGUAACUUCUGACAGUGGUGACACCGGCAUUGGGACUUCCUGUUCUGACAGCGUGGAAGAUCAUUCAACUUCAAGUGGCACGUUAUCUUUUAAGCCUAGUCGAUCAUUGGUUACUCUUCCUACUGCCCAUGUCAUGCCAUCUAACUCCAGUGCUUCAGUUUCCAAACAUAGGGAAUCAUUGACGACAGAUGGCUCAAAAUGGAGUGCAAGCCUCAUGCAAACAUUGGGAAACCAUAGUAGAGGAGAGCAGGACUCUUCACUAGACAUGAAGGACUUCCGGCCUCUACGGAAAUGGUCAUCUUUAUCCAAACUCACUGCCCCGGAUAACUGCGGCCAGGAUAGCAUUGUACAUGCUGAUGAGUCAAGGAGUGGUUUGGAAAAGACAGGGAGAGCCAAGGUUUUAAUGUCUCAACUAAGAACAAUUGGGCCUAGCUGCUUACAUGAUAGUAUGGAGAUGCUUAAGCUAGAGGACAAGGAAAUAAAUAAAAAACGAUCAUCAACUCUGGACUGCAAAUAUAAAUUCGAGAGCUGUAGCAAAGAGGACUUUAGAGCUUCUUCCUCCACUCUUAGGAGACCGACCUUAGACAUGACAUACAGUGCCUUACCUGAAAGCAAGCCCAUUAUGACAAGUGCAGAGGCCUUUGAACCUCCGAAAUAUUUAAUGCUGGGUCAACAGGCGGUAGGCGGAGUUCCCAUUCAGCCUUCUGUGAGGACACAGAUGUGGCUUACGGAGCAGUUGCGGACAAACCCUUUGGAAAGUAGAACUACAGAGGACUCUUACAGUUUAGCUCCUUGGCAACAGCAGCAAAUUGAAGAAUUUCGACAAGAAAAUGAAACACCAGUGCAGGUUUUGACUGGAUUGUCUCGUCAAAGUUAUUCACCUUCUGGCUAUCAGGAUUUCAGUAAAUGGGAAUCAGUGCUGAAAAUAAAAGAAGGACUGCUAAGGCAAAAAGAAAUUGUAAUUGAUCGGCAGAAACAACAAAUUACACACCUACAUGAGAGGAUAAGGGAUAAUGAAUUAUGGGCACAACAUGCCAUGUUGGGACAUUAUGUAAACUGCGAAGAUUCUUAUGUGGCUGGUUUGCAGCCACAAUAUGAGAACAGUUCACUCCAGACUCCAUUUUCUGACCAGUCAGUGUCCCAUUCCCAGCAAGAGGAACUUGAGCAAAAGCUUGCAUCUACUGAGAAGGAGGUUUUGCAGCUCAAUCAGUUUCUCAAACAAAGAAUAAGCCAAUUUAGUGAGGAGAAGAAGAAACUGGAGGAAAAGCUUAAAACCAGAGAUAGAUAUAUCAGUAGCCUGAAAAAGAAAUGCCAGAAGGAAUCCGAACAAAACAAAGAAAAGCAGAGAAGAAUUGAGACCUUGGAAAAGUAUCUGGCUGAUCUUCCAACUCUAGAUGAUGUACAGAGCCAGAGUCUACAGCUUCAGGUUCUAGAAGAAAAAAAUAAGAAUUUGCAAGAGACUCUCCUAGAUAUGGAAAAAAAGCUUGAAGAGAUCAAAAAGCAGUGUCAAGAAAAAGAGGCACAGCUAAUAUGCCAGAAGAAGAAAGAAAAGGAGUUGGUAACUACAGUUCAGAGCUUGCAGCAAAAAGUAGAAAGAUGCCUUGAAGAUGGAAUUCGCCUUCCCAUGUUAGAUGCAAAACAGCUUCAGAAUGAAAAUGAUAACCUGAGAGAACAAAAUGAGAACGCUAGUAAGAUAAUAGACAGCCAACAAGAUGAGAUUGAAAGAAUGAUUUUAGAAAUUCAGUCUAUACAAGGGAAACUUUCUAAAGAAAAAUCAACUACUCAAAAGAUGAUGGAAGAGCUGGAAAAGAAAGAAAGAAACCUACAGAGAUUAACAAAAACUUUGCUUGAUAACCAAAGGCAAACAGAAGAGACAUGCUCCUUAUUGGAUCAGGGCCAGGAAGCAGACCAAUCCAGGCAGCAGACAGUACUUACCAAAUGGCCACUAUCUGAUUUGAGUGUGAUUGAUCAGCUGUUCAAGGAAAUGUCCUAUUGUUUGUUUGACUUGAAGGCAUUGUGUAGUAUUCUCAAUCAGCGAGCUCAGGGCAAGGAGCCUAAUCUUUCAUUAUUACUGGGAAUCAGAUCAAUGAACUGUUCAGCUGAAGAGACUGAGAAUGACUAUAGCCCAGAAACACUCAGUAAAAAAUUGUCAGAUGUAUGCCAGUUACGGAGGGACAUCGAUGAAUUAAGGACUACAAUAUCCGACCGCUAUGCUCAGGACAUGGGAGACAACUGCAUUACCCAGUGAUCAGCUCUUGGUUCCACAGCAAUAACGACCCAUUGUUAAAUGCUGCUGUGUUACAGUUCUUCAUAUUUCUGUUUAGGAGCCAUGAUGGAAAGUCACAAGUGACAUAUAGGACUUUUUUUUUCUGUGGAUUUGUUUUCCUGGGGGAGAAAGGGGAUUUGAUGAGGCUUCAAAGGGGGCUUAUCUAAUCAGGCCAAAAAACCAAAUUACUAUUUGAAAAAUGUGAUGACAUGUACAAGAAAAACAAAAAAUCUGUCUUCUCAUACUACUGAUUGUAGGACCAAGCUGUGAAUAGUGCCCUUCAGAUAAAGGGAUAGGAUUUCUUUUUAUCUGUAGCUAUGUGUGUGCGUGUGUGCGCACAUGUGUGCACAUGUGUGUUUAUUCACAAAAUUAUAAGGAUUUCUAGGGUCAAAGCAAAGCUUCCGAGAAAGGCACACACUGUUUAUUCCUGUAUUUCUUUUCUUUCAUGUAGAAGCUUGUGUUGUUCUUUGAGGUUUUCAAGGGCUGGCUGAACAAGAGUUCCAACAGCAGGCAAGUGUUUUAGUAGGAGUACAGCUGGCAAAACCAUGUGUCUUUUGAACAACCACUGUGCCGCGAUGAUGAGGUUGUGGGGUUGGGUUGAUUUAGUACUGUGGGUAGGUCAGCUAUUUUUCCAGAGUGAUAAUGGGUUGCCUUAGAGGUAUGAAAUUUUGAUGUGAUAAUCUUUUCAUUAGCAUUGCAAUUUAUAUAUCACAAGGCAACUUAACAUAAUUUGAACUAAUUUUAACAUGUCCCUUACUAUUAACAAUUUUUCAUUUACAUGUAUCAAUGUAAACAAAGCCAUAAAGAAUUAAUGCUAACCAUCUAAAGCCAUUGUUGUAAAAGAAGGAUUAACAAAGUCACUCUGGAGCAAUAGUUUAUUUAUCCAAUUCUCACGUUUACAUUUUAAUAGUUUUGUAUGUUUUAAAGUUAAAACUACUUUAAGAAAAAGCUAACCUGUAUUCUUGAUAUCUGAAUUAUCACAAACAUAAAACAAUAUUAAAACCAGGUGAUAUUUCAAUUAUACUUAUUAGGUAAACUACAUUAAAAACUGGGUUUUUCAUAUAAUACGAGGUUAUUUCUUCUUCUGGAGUACAGGAUAUCAUUAUGAAAUGAAACUGAUUUUUAAGUAGACAUACAAUUAUUUAAACUUCCAAACAAGUACUUUCCUGUUUUAUUUGGAAUUGUGGGAGGAUUAUAUGUUUUAUUACUUUAGAACGUUUAUUACAUUCUUUUGAAUACACUUAGUUAUGGCAAUCAUUGUUCUUUACAAACUGGUUUGUUUUCUUGAUGCAACCAGGUCUCAAGUAGGGCAAGACCAAAUAAGAGGUAGAAGAAAUAAGGGGUGUGAAUUCAACAGGAUAAUACUGUUUUGGGCAAGAACAGAUCACAUGUCUGUUUCUGUUGCCAGGCUUAUCUACUGGUAUAAAGACCGCUCCUAGAAAAGAUUUUUCUUAAAUAUUUUCAGCAGUGAAAACAUGUGGGAUAAAAACUUAAAGGAAACUCCCCAGGAAGACAUUCAGUUCAGAAUUUGGCUAAUAUGCAGCGCUCAGUAAGUUAUUCUGUGGUUAUGUUACAACAGUCAGUUAUAAUACAUUGUAAGUACAUCCAACUGUACUUUUGUUUAGUGCCUGAGUCCUCCCUACUCUUACUUCUUAGGAUCUAGUCACUAAGAAAUCAGUGCAUGAUAGUGAUUCUGCAUUCCAAGUACCUAUGCUCAUAUGGAAAAGUCACUUGUAAGAACAUGGCAUUCUAAUGUGUUCAUUUGUUUUUUAACGUUGGUGGUUUGAAGACAAUCAGGGAGUAGUAAAUUUAUACCAAAAAUCUGAAUCAAAGAACUCUGCCUUGUAAAAAUAUCUGUAAAAAUGGGCCUUUAUAUUAAGAAGUAGAUACUAGCAUCUGAAAAAGAUAAACCACAGUGCAACACACAAUAUUCUUAACAUUCUCUCUGAAUAGAAACUCCAACCCCUCCCUCUCAACUUCCACAGUUUGGGAAAUAAAGGCACCCUAAGAUGAUAGUACUGAUGUGCAUAAAUAAUCACUGAUUUGCGUCACUAGGUUCUUAAUGUCUUCUAGGUUUUUAGUAUAUGUUUUUGGGUUUUAUGGUUAUUAGUGUUGUUUUGAACAAACUUUUGGUCAUUUGCUUUAAUUUACUAUAGACAUAUUUUUGUUUUCUGACUUGGGGUAAAAUAUUUAAUUUUUUAAAUAAGUUUUCUUUUAAAACUUACAGAAUUUGACUUAAUUCACAUGUCUUGAGGUAAAAAUGUGUUAAUAUAGAAAAUUGACUACUACUGGUGUAUUUCCAUUUCCAAAAUGUCUACCUCCUCACAAAUAAAAAAGGAAAAUAAGAUGUGAUAGUUUAAGUAUAACCCUGAGUUACAAAAUUAAUCUCUUGGAGUUUGGAGUUUGUGAAGGGACCUAGGUAAUAAGUAGACAGUCUUGGAGGGAAUAUUUUUGGGGAAAUGAAAUAGUAGUAUUCUAUUUGUCAGCAUUUAAUUUUAAUUUUAUUUUUCAGAAAAUUCCCCUUUCCCGAGAUAACUUCUUCUGUUAGAUUGUAAUAAUACUGGUAUCUCAUUGAAAACAAAGAUUUGACUGUUAGGUCAAGUAAGAUGGGCAAAUAGAAACACUAAGUGUCUUAUUCUAGUUUGAACUAGGAUGUUCUCAGACGUUAUUAUACUGAUAUAUGUCUGAGAUGAAAAUUAACCUAAAUUUUGAAGUUAAAUCUAUUUGGGUGAUUUCCUUAGAUGUGAAAACUUUUUAAUUAUGUGAAUUAAAUGCUUGUCUUCUUAGGAAGUAUCUCAUGCAGUGUUAACAUUUAUUAUUGGUCUUCUGGAUUUUGAAGUUGAGAUUAUUCUGCCUCAGUCACACUAAAGCAGGGAUAAAGUAACAGUAUCUCAGUAAAAGACCCACUUACCUGUGCAGACAAAAAUAACGGAAUCAAAGGCACAAUAGUUAGUUGUCUUUUCUUUUGAUGUCUGAAGGAUACUUUAGUUAAGCUGUUAGUAAAUUUUCAGUGGCCUCUAAUUUUAAAAGCUUAAGUAGUGACUAGAUCAGUCAUGCCUGGAUUUCUUCUUUAAAUAAGUGUUGUCCCUUUUUAUAUUUGAGAUGGGAUUCAGCAUUUAAUAUUAACAACAUUUUUUUGUGAAAUUUAUUUUGGUCAUGACAGUUUAGUCAACUGAAUUAGGCUUCUUUCAGUAGCUUAUUAAAGACAAUCUCAAGGGCUGCAAAGUGUUGCUAAAGUGGAUAUUGUACAUUUCUAAGUCAGUAAUGAGCUUAUGAAUUAAUUUUGUCAUAGUUCAAGACAUUACUAGAAAUCCCUUAGAGGAUAUUUUUAAAGGAACUACUUUAUUGGGAAAACGUUCUUUCGAUAUCAGUAAUCGUUCAUUGGAUAACUUAGUAACCGAGAAUUUGGGACUGUAUUUUUACAUAGCAUAGUUCAGCUCAGGCACAACUUUAGUUUGAAUUAUUGGCAUUCUCUUAUGUAGAUUUCUAUCAUUAUAGAUAUAUAAUAAUAAGCAAUUCUCAUAACCAUGCUCACUCAGACUAUAUCAUUUGAAACUGCCAGUAGCUGUAGCUCUCAGAGCCAAAGUUAAUUCAUUUUGUUUCUGUUUUUGACAAUUUUCAGUGUUCACAAAACAAGAAAAGUAAUUUCCUGUUUGGUGAAAGAGUAUAAUUUCCAACUUUACCCCAAAAUGCCAUGGUGAUAUAUUGCUGUAUGAUAAUAUUAUACAUUUAAUCAUGAAAGGGGAAUGCUUUUGGAUUUUUUUUUCUUACUUAAAAGAAGUACUGAGUAUAUUAAUGUAGUUUCAAGUCAGUAAGUCAUUAACAACACUAUUGCAGCUGCAUACAGAGAGAACCUUUUGUGCCUUUUUGCCUGCAGUAAGCGUUCAUUUCUGUUUUACAUGAGUUAUAAGAAUGUUGAUGAUUAUUGCACCUUGUUCUUCUGUAAAUAGACCUGAUUAAGGAUUUUUUCUUAAGCAAGGAGCAGGUUUUCAUUAUUAGGUUAGAUACCUUAGGUUAGGAAACAUGAGAGGAUAUAUGUUUUUGGAGCCCAACCUUUCCCCAGUGUAGUAAGCAGGAACCUCCUCCCAGAAUGUAGUUAUUUGUGUGUAUAUGUGUGUACAUAUAUGUAUAAAUAUUUAAAUACAGAAACAAAGUUUGGCAUCACAGUGGUGUGAUGACAAGAAGUAGUAAGGUGCUAGCUAGGUGGUUACAUUAAAAGCACAGCAGAGUGUAUAAUCAGUCACUAUGACUGGUGGUUUUUGUAAACUAGGUUCAAUUUUUGAACCACCCAAAAUACCUCAUGUGUAAAUACAGAGUGGUCGUGACUUAAUUGAAAUACAGUUAUUGUAAAAAGAAUGUGAAGCCACUGGUUGGCUUAUGCCUUCUGAUCUAUCAUUCUUGCCUCUUUUUUUGUAAAGGGGUUAUUUUUUUGUUUUUGUUUUUUAAUAGGGUUUACAGCUAGAAUUUUGAAUGCCAAAGUUCUAUUUAUUAAAUUUAAAAAAGUUUUCAAUGUUAAUGGCUAAGUAUUUUUCCACUGGACUAUUGUUUGUGAUGUUGGAAUUUGUAUUUACAGAGAAAUAAAUU